UGCCUGCAUAUCUGAGGCUGAGUUUGAAGCCUCCAGCGUGUUUGGAGUUAAUUUCCCUUACGUUGGACUCCGCCCCUCUCUCCCAAAGGUAAAGCAAGGUUUUCAGUCAUCUCUGCAAAGAGCAGCUGGGAUUCCCAUCCCCGACUGACAGGCUGUGAGAAGUUGUCCGGAGAGAGGGGACCAGUCAGUCAGCCUUCAGCGUCAGAAGAGAAAGCUGAGAACAUGAGGAGCAGCCUGACCCUGGUGGGGACCCUCUGGGCCUUCCUGUCUCUUGUGACUGCUGUGGCCAGUUCUACCAGUUACUUCCUGCCUUACUGGCUCUUUGGCUCUCAGCUGGGGAAGCAAGUGUCUUUCAGCACAUUCCGGAGAUGCAACUACCCUGUGCGGGGAGAAGGACACAGUCUGAUCAUGGUGGAAGAGUGUGGGCGUUAUGCCAGCUUCAGUGCCAUCCCAAGCCUGGCCUGGCAGAUGUGCACAGUGGUAACAGGUGCCGGCUGUGCUCUGCUACUCCUGGUGGCACUGGCUGCUGUCCUGGGUUGCUGCAUGGAGGAACUCAUCUCCAGAAUGAUGGGUCGUUGCAUGGGAGCAGCACAGUUUGUGGGAGGCCUGUUGAUAAGCUCCGGCUGUGCAUUAUAUCCCCUAGGAUGGAAUAGCCCGGAGGUAAUGCAAACAUGCGGGAAUGUCUCCAAUCAAUUUCACUUGGGUACCUGUCGGCUGGGCUGGGCCUAUUACUGUGCUGGAGGUGGAGCUGCUGCGGCCAUGUUAAUCUGCACCUGGCUGUCCUGCUUUGCAGGAAGAAACCCCAAGCCUGUUGUGUUAGUUGAAAGCAUCAUGCGGAACACCAAUUCUUAUGCCCUGGAGCUUGACCACUGCCUCAAACCUUGAGCUUUGAAAGAAGAUUGAAAAGGGUAGGGAGUGGGGAGGGAAGGAGGCCCUGAAAAGAGAUACUUAGGCCAGUUGUCACCCACCUGCCAAUAGGGUAGCUUAGUGUUUUCAUUCUUUUUAAUCUAUUGUUUAUUUUCACUUUCCUUUAUGCAAGUGGGACCAUUUACAAAACUCAUCUACAACAAUAGAAAUCUUGAAUGUUUACCCAACUUG